CUGCCAACGGCCAGCUUUCCAGAGCAAGCGUAUGGGUGAGGAGGACAGACAGAAAAGCAAGUGACAGACACCUCUAAACAGUGGGAAAGAAGAGGUGAGGGUGGAGGAGUGAGGGAGAGCCACACAAUGUAAGAGGAAAGCCACUCCAGUCAUGUUUAUGGUGAAACAGCUGAAGCAAAAAAUCUGUCCGUCGGGAUUUUCAACUGCACUUACUGUAAGAGAACAACAGGGAACAACCUUUUAAAUUCAACCAUCUUAUUUUUUUGAUGCUUUUUCUUUUAACAAUUAAUCUCUUGAAUGCUUGAGAAUCGUUUGUAAGUUUGCGGACAAUUCUUUGCUCCACCACCAGAAUAUUUUGCUUCUAGUAGCUUUAUAGACUUCGGUCCACCUGUUUUGCCAGUCAGUGCAGUACUGUAGUUAGGGUAACCAACAUGAGUGCAGACAACUCCACCAUGCUGGAUUCUGUGAUCUACGGGCACCCCCUAUGUGAGGGCUGGACCAACAACACAGAGGGUGCCUUCUACCACCUGGGCAACACCAUCAUGUUCCUUGGGUACAUGGGGGGCAGUGGGGCAUACGGGGCACUGUUCAUAUUCGGCUUCCUCGUGCCCUCCUACGUGUGUCUGAGCUUGUGGGGCUGGUUUAGCAUGUGUGGCCUGGACGUGUUCAUCUGGAACCUGCUGCUGCUGCUGGCUUGCCUUGCCCAGAUAUGCCACCUCAUCUACCGGCUCCACCAGGAGGGCCUCCCCGGCCCCGAGCUCUCCACCCUCUUCUCUGCCGUAUACCUGCCCCUCGAUGUGCCCGUGCAGGUGUUCAAGGACAUCGCCAGUGCCUGUGAGAACAAAGUGCUAGCGCUGGAUGUGGAAGAGACCUAUGCGGUGGAGGGUAAAACCCCCAUCGACCAGCUGUCCUUUCUGCUCUCGGGGAGGAUCCGUGUGUCUUUGGAGGGUCAGUUUCUCCACUACAUUUUCCCUCACCAGUUCCUGGACUCUCCAGAGUGGGAGUCGCUCAGACCCAAUGAGGAAGGGAACUUUCAGGUGACCUUGACGGCAGAGACGGAGUGUCGCUACAUCUCGUGGCGGCGCCGUCGUCUCUACAUGCUGCUGUCCAAGGAGCGCUACAUCGCACGCAUCUUUUCUGUCAUGCUCGGCAGCGACAUCGCUGACAAGCUCUACUCCCUCAACGACAAGCUGUUUGCCAAAAGUGGCGUGCGCCUGGACAUCCGCCUGCCCAGCCUCUACCACGUCCUGGCCCCCUGCCCCCCGGGCAGCGAGGGUGAAGGCAGGGCCCCAGGGCCCCCGGGGGAGCAGCUGAGGGUGGAGGAGGAAGACCCCGCCCCUGCCUACCAGCAGUCGGCCCCCCCUCAGCCCCAGGAUGCCCAGGAAGGAGAGGACCAGACCCCCCCAGCCCAGCGCCAGGCCCCCCCGCGCCGCCAGCCCUGGACCUCAGACACAGAGCCGCCCUCUGGUGAGGACUCGACCAGCCUGGUCUUGGAGGACUUUGCUGAUAUGACGGGGUCCUUAAUGGAUUAUGGGAGUGAGAGGGAUUAUUUAAGAUAGGACGCUGGGUGCUGGAGCUAACACACUGGGCCGUUACUUAAGAUUCAUGUGAAAGCGCUACGAACCUUCCACCUCGAUACCAGAGAGGCAGGGCUCCGCUCGCCCCAACCAACACCCCCAAGCUGUGAGAAUGGUUCCUCCCGGAGUGCACAUGGAAACACUGUCUUGGUUUCAGUUACAUUCGGCCCACUCAUUGACUGAACACACACACCUUACACCCCCACAACCACCCCCAUCUUACUGAUGUCAUCCAUGCGAGACACUGACCAUGCGAGACACUGACCAGAGAAAGAGCGUUUUAUUAGUCAGGUCACUUAAGUGUUGUUUUUACUUCACUCACACAUGCAUCUACAAUUCAUCUGGAACACCAGUUGUUCAUUUAGUUUAUUUUGACAUGAACAGUUGGUAAAGGGAACAUGUAUCUUAUUGGUUUAUGCAAAGUGCUGUAAAAUCUGUGAAUUAUAUUCGCUUGCGGACAUACCUGGAAAUAUAAUUCACACAUUUGCAGCAUUUGGUCCAUGUGGAGUAGAUAUUUGUACCAGAUAAUGAACUGAGUUCACAGUAAACAGACAGUGGAACUGAAUACUGUGAAUCAACUGUGCUUUCGUUGUUUUGUUUUAAGGAUGUCCACAGACACAUCAUAGAAACAUAUUUUCAUGGGGCCAAUGCUUCUCGAUUAAACUCUGGGUCAAAAUGCUUUGAAAUCUCCCCCUGCUACAGUAUGAUGACUGUUGCCCCUCAUUCUUUAGAGAUGAAUACAUAUGUUAUAGGAUUAUUAUAAUUAGUGUAUUUCUUUCUGAUUUGUAUUGGAAUUUAGCAAUAUGCAGAUAUGCAGUUCUUUUUCUGUGGGAAAAUCCGCCAUAAACACUAAUGUCUAGAAAAAUGAGAGGUCCAUCUUUUAUACUGUUUGGUUGUAAAUAAAGAGCAUGGUAAAGUGA